ACAGGCCAAGGGGAAUGGCUUGAACCUGCCCGAGGGGAGACUGAGAUGAGCUCUUAGGCAGAAGCUCUUCCCUGUGAGGGUGCUGAGGCGCUGGCACAGGGUGCCCAGAGAAGCUGUGGCUGCCCCAUCCCUGGCAGUGUUCAAGGCCAGGUUGGACACAGGGGCUUGGAGCAAGCUGCUCUAGUGGAAGGUGUCCCUGCCCGUGGCAGGGGUUGGAGCUGGAUGAGCUUUAAGGUCCCUUCAACACAAACCAGGCUGGGAUUCUAUGAGAUAUUGCAAAUGAUGGAAAUCAAUCUCUGCAGCAUCUUCCCUACCGUGCUGCUGAUGCCCAUAAUCUUUGCACAGAUGCUUCUCAAAGAUAAAUCAUAGCUGCAGCACAGCCUCUCCUCACAUACACCUCUCAGGGACAUGUUACAAAAUCACAAUCAAGGUUAUUUUGACUACUUCCAAGUCCUUGGGUAGGGAGGUGGAGGAGCGUAGACGAGGCAACGUGGUUUGGCCAGCACAGAAUGCAUCAAGUGCCCAUUUACCGACCCCAUGUCAGUGUCUCUGUUCUGUCAGGAGCCACUCACAUCACCGUGGGAUUAGUUCUUCCUGCAGAGAAGCCAAUAACUGCAUAUGGCGAAACCCACUGCAUGGAGACUCAAAAAGUUCAAGGACGAAUUAGACCACAUGUUUUGGACACGACUUUGGCCAGUGCUCAUUAGUCCUUGCAGAUGUAACUAAGAAACCUUGUUUUCAUGGGCCAAUAUUCAGUGUAACUGCAGCGUAACUGCUACCCUGGAAACCAAGAUGUGAAGCAGGCCCCUGUUUUACCAGCAUUUAAUAAAUGUCAUCUUUAAUUGGUAAUCUAUUUCAUUCUCUUUGAUGAGUGACACUCCUUAACUCACGUAAGGAAAUCAGGAACAUUAUUUGAUCGCUCUGAAAUAGCAGGGCUCAAAAUAACCCGUCCUCAGGAAUAUAAUCAAAGCAAUUUGUUGUCCACAGAAGCUGUGAGAAGGGAAGAGGUUGUGCGGGCACUGUCUGUCUGGACAAUGUGCCUGCAUUCACUUGGGACUGGGCUGAACAGGAAUGUGAAAGAAAGACUAGAGAAUAAAAGAUUUGGAUCAUACUGUCAGCUUCUUGUCCCGUGGAGCAGGUUUGAAGAAGAGGGAAGAUGUUCCUGCCCCAGAGAUCUCUGCAGGUGGUUACACUAUUGGCAGUUCUUUCUUUUACCUGUUUUGCAACAUGUCAAGACACUGCAAAUAAACGAGCAGUGACCGAGCACCAGCUCAUGCAUGACAAAGGGAGGGAGUUUCAAGGGUUGAAGCGCCUGAUGUGGCUCCACAAUGCCCUGGGCAGCGUGCACACAGCCAGCAGCAGGGAUAUUUCCCUUUCAAAUGCCAUGUGGGAUUCACCAAAGAGCCAAGAUCCCUCAGAUCUCUACAACAGCAUCAACAGGGACAAGACUUCAAGCCGGAUGAAGCAGCUGCUGGAGCUGAUGGAAAAAGAGCAGGGCUUCCCCCCGUUAAAGCAGCUGGAUUUGCUGCAGUCUAUGAAGAGCCCAAAGGGUAACUGGAACCUGCAAGAGCUUUCUGACCUCCUUCCAGUCAAAGAGCUGGGCGGCAGGAGAGAUCCUGGCAGCCAGGCACAGAACUAUUCCCACUAGCAUCAAUCCUCAGU